AUGGGCAAGGCGCGGCCCAUGGACACUGAGGCCCAGUCCCGCACCGAGUUCAAGACCAACUUGGGUCUCGCCAUGCGCACGGGCCUCGGCGUCCUCAUCGCUUCUGCUUUUGUCACUAAGGCCUCGGGCGAGCACACGCCGGCGCGGCCAAAUAUCUGGGUCUGCUUUCCUGAGUGGUACAUCCUCGGCGGCAUCAACUUUAUCGCUGUCGCCUGCGUCUUUGCUGCUGGCCGCAACAUUGGCGCGACGCUGCGGGAAGUCUUCCAGCAAAAGCUCGGCGUCUUCCUUGCGUUCGCGUUCAACGCCGUGCUCUUUCACUGUUUCCAGCCCCGCCUCUUUUACAGCGACGCCGAAGGUACUUUUUCUUAA